UCGUCACUCACUCACUGCUCACGUGCCAUGACGCACUUCUUCACGGGCUGCUGUAUUUUCAUAGCUACAUUAGCAGCUAAAUCUAGGUAGUGCUAUUUUAUUCAAACUACACCAGCAGUGCUAACAUCGCAAAUUUUCUUUCAGGACUCGUACAAUGGCUAGGUCAACCUGCGUUAAUCUUGAAAUCUUUAUGGAGGAGUUCACUCAGCUAGAACAGAAAAUCACAGAGGUUAAUGUCAAAAACAACGCGCUGGAGAUCAAGCUGGAAGAUGCCAAUAGACUCGUCAAGUUUUAUCUGAGUAGGGAGAAGUGUCUUAUCGAGGAGAGAGAUAGUCUUCUAGACACAGUGAACAGCCUGCAGCAGACUCUACAGGAGCAGUUCAUCCUCAGAGUGGAGAAUGAAAGACUGAAGAAUGACAUGGCAAACCUGAAACAACAGACUGAACGAAUAGUGGAGAAUGGAGAAGCUGAAGUUCAGAGACUGGUAAGCGAAAUUAGAGAAGGAGAAGAAAGACACAAGAGGGAGCUAGAGAGUAUAAGAGAGCAGUGUCAGAUGGAGGUGGAGUGUGCUCACAGGCAGAGUUUCAGUCAGUUGGAAGCCAAAGAGGCUGAGGUAAAGAACCUGCUGGAGAAAAAGGAUAUGGAGCUGGAGGAGAUGCAGAAGAGGCUGAAGAAUCAGGACAGGGAGAGGCAGAGUGAGAUCCUCAACUUACAGAUGGCGUUUGGUGCAAAGUUGGCCAGAGUUGAGAGCGCAGCUCACUGGAACCAACAGCAGAAACAGCAGCAGCAGCAUGGGUCCAACCUGCUUCCUCAGAGUGUCUUCAAGAGGAAGUUGCAGUACUUCCAGGAGGAGAAGAACAAGGAGGUUUCAGCUUUGCGUCAGAGAAUCAAACAGCUGGAAGAGAACCAACGUGCCAGCAGCCUUAAUGACAGCCGCCUAAAGAGGAGGAAGAUUUAGAAUGUGGCGAAGCUAAAAAGGCUAAGAAACUGCAGAGCUGUCUGCUCUGUGGGUGCAUCAAUCCCUUUCCUUUUUUUUUUUCUUUUAAAAUCUCCAAAGUUUAAGUUUAAAGUUAAAUUCCCUUUACCUGUGUCACCUUAUGAGAGAAUGUACUGCUUCAUGACUACUUGACUAGAUUUGCUGCUUGCAGGUGACCGGUGCACAGAGAGGACACUGAAAUAGGAAGGGUUCUUGUCUAAGGCUUUAAUCCAAUGAGACGCCUGUAGAGAGGAGGCAGAGGGAGGGGAAGUUGUAGACUAAAGUGAAUCAGAUUGCUGGAAGUCUAAUGCCAUUCAAGGAAUUAAACCUAUUUAUCUUGUUUCAUUCAAAGAAAAACUAAAUAGUCUCAUUCUUUUACUAACUUUGUUAAAGUAUAGGCUUUAAACAUUUCCAUCAUCUAAAGCAGUUUAUUGCCUUGGAACACAAUUAAAACUGGUUUUAAGUUAA